AGCAUCUCUGGCCGAAGCGCAAGGUGGCCCUCGCACGGCGCCGGCGGCGUGGACAUGGUAUGGAACUACGUAGGGGUGGCGCCAGCGCCGCCACUGCUGAUGGCCGCGGGCCCCUUGGGAGAAGGGCUGGCCACCGUGGGCACGCCAGCUGAGGGCAGGGCGCAGCGCGUGGUGCAUGCAGCGCGGCUCUGCCGUAGCGCGCCACCUGCGCGUGCCCGCCUGCAGGCUGCAGGCGGCGACCUAGCGCUCGGGUGUGCCUGGGCGGCCGUGACGGGCACCGUGUUAGGCACUGUCAGCAGGAGGCGGCGAAGGGGUUCUCGGGGUUGUGUUUUUGGCGGCCCCGUGUCAAUGAUGGCCGGGAAGAAGAAGAACUGGACCCACAUCGCCAAAAUGGAGGUUGAGCCAAUGACGUACGAUGAGAGAAUCAAGAGAAGCAAAGAGAAGUACAAGCAUGAGGACCAGAUGGCUGCGAGGGAAGAGCGGGCAAGACUGCGGGAGGAGGCCCUGAAGUCCAGAGACGCGGGGGGUGAGCCCACGGGGGUGCCGUGGACCAACAUCCCGGCGCGAAGGAAGCCGAAGAGCCGCGUCUCGUAUUGGGUGGACCCGGAGGACAUCAAGAGGGGCGUGCCGCUCGCUGACGGCGCCGCCUCUGUCUGGCACGUGUCCGACGCGUGCGAGGCCCAGAAGGCCUCCGUCGGCUGGAGCGCCUCCAUCGACGGCGCCUCUCAGCCGCGGCGGCGGUUGCGGCGCGCCCGGCAGCAGCCGCGGCCGGAGGCCGCGGCCGCGGCCCCGGGAGGGGAGGGCGCCCCCGCGCAGGCCGCGGAGGCCGGCGAGGGCGCGGGGCGAGCCGUCGACUGGGAGAGCCCGGGCAUGGACCUGUUGGAGCGGGCGCGCCUGGCCGCCGAGGAGGGCUGGGAGGAGCGGCUGUGGCAGUCCGGCUACGGCGGGCACGCGGUGGACUACGUCGCCAUGGUGCCCGAGGUGUACAAGGGCCGCGUCAGGGACGCCCACCCGAAGGAGGCCGUGAAGAGGCACAUCGAGGCCUUGCGGCUAGGGAAGCGGACGAAGCGGAGGCUGCCCAAGGGGCCCAACGGCCAGGCCAUCCAGCGCCCGAAGCAUUUCUCGGGCUCCGACCCGGUGCACAACGGGCUCAUCGACUCCAUUGACAAUGGGAAGACAAGCCCUCUCGGAGAAAUGGCGGUCAGACUGAGCAAGGGAUACCUGCGCUUGCAGGCGGAGGCCUACAUGAACGGCGUCAAGGGCCAGCAUGGAGUUUUCCCCGUCGCAAUGCGGCCAGAGGUUGCUUUUAUCGGUGCUUCCAACGCUGGGAAGUCUUCGCUGAUGAACGCGAUCACACGCACACAGAAGCUUGCGGACACGGGUGAUCUGCCUGGAGUCACCAGGUCCAUGAAGUGGUACAGGCCCAGCGAGCUGCCCAUAGAUAUCAUUGACAUGCCCGGCUUCGGCUACGCCAGAGGGGCGGAGUUCCAGUCCACCGUGAUCGACUUCAUUGCCACCCGCAAAUCGCUCCGCCUGGUAUAUUUUCUUGUUGAUGCCCGAUCUGGUCUCAGACCGCCAGACUGGAGAUUCCUGGCACACCUGGGCGCCGAGGGCCCGCAGAGAGCCUUCAUUAUGACCAAGUGUGACAUGUUGCCACCGGGUGAUCUUGCGAAGGCGGCCACUGUGGCGCUGCAGGACCUCAAGAGCGUGCCCAAGGCGAGCCCGCGCCUCCUCAUGGUCUCCUCGCGCGAGGGCAACGGGAUGCACGACCUGCGCAUGGACUUGUGCUCGCGCGUCGUGGCCUGGUCCAAGAGGGUCCAGGAGGUUCAGCGCUCCAUCGACGCGCAGGAGGGCAACAUCCCGCCGCAGGGCGCGCAGGCCGGCAGGGGCAAGCUUCGGCACAGCAGCAUGCGCGAGGACAUCUCCUCGGUCGGCACGAUCUCCAAACUGGAGAAGGUCGACCUACUUGCGCCGGCCAGGAACUUGCCCGAGCGCCUGUGAGCAGAGCUGGCCGGCUCGUUCCGUCCCGUCGUCCUCCCUCUCGUUUCGACCUCGUCGCUGCCGGGCAGAAGAUCCGUCGACUGUUGCUGCCCGAAGGGGGACCCUUGGUGUUUGUGUUGACGUUGGUGUGUGGGUCGAGCCCAACUGCGGACGGCAGGAA